UCCUAACGGCAAAUCGGUUAGUUGCAGUUUGACGAUCGUAAUUAAUUUCAAGUGUUCGUUUGAAAACGAUGGAUUUUGUUCCGGAGUACACGACGGAAGAGUUCGCUGUUAUCGAACGCGAGUUUCAUCGGUUGAAAGGCAAACACUACAUGGACCACGCAGGAACAACACUGUAUGCUGAAUCGCAGAUCCGAGCCGUGCAGAGCCGACUUAGUGGGCACCUGUUUUGCAAUCCCCACACCAGUCGGCUCACCGGAAACCUUAUCGAUCGAGUUCGCCAACAGGUUCUGCAAUUUUUCAACACCGAUUCUUCCAGCUAUAGCCUGAUAUUCACUGCCGGAGCUACGGCCAGCUUGCGCCUGGUGGCCGAAAGCUUUACCUUUCGUCAAAAGAACGCACCGGAAGCGGACCAGGGAGCAUUCGUUUACCUACGGGACAAUCACACCUCGGUGUUGGGAAUGAGAGCCGUUGUUGAAACGGGUCGCGUUUAUCCUCUCGAGCGGGAUGAAUUUCUGCAGCUGCUAAAACGGUCACCAAACGAGCAAAGGACUACGAAACAGAGAAAACCAUCACUGUUGGUGUUUCCAGCCCAGAACAACUUUAAUGCAGCCAAGUACCCGCUGGAGUUGAUUGACGAGGUGCAACGGAACGGUCUUCGAGGACACGAGGAAGAGCAGUUUGCCGUGUGCUUGGAUGCAGCUAGCUUUGUGGGGACGAAUUUUCUCGAUCUAAGUCUGUACCACCCGGAGUUUGUUUGUCUGUCGUUCUACAAAAUAUUUGGUUAUCCAACCGGACUGGGAGCCCUGCUGGUGCGUAAUGAUUCCGAGCACUUGUUGAACAACAAGCGUUACUACGGUGGAGGAACCAUUAAGAGUUUGUUGAGCGGCCAGAAUUUACACCAGAAGCACGACUCACUGGUAAAGCGAUUCGAGGAUGGAACUCAAUCAUUUUUGGCGAUUAUUUCUUUGUUGGACGGAUUGGAAACAAUCUCGCGCUUGAUUCCACCGGCUAAUGGGUUAAGAUCGAUGGAACGAAUUUCCAGACACGUGUUUAAUUUAGCCAAAUAUUGCUACCAGCAGAUGGGAAUGUUUAAUCACUCGAACGGAUCGAAGGUGAUCCGGUUUCACAUGGAAAACAAUUUCGAGAGCCGAAACUGUCAAGGAGGAAUUGUUAAUUUUAAUGUUCUCCGUGAGGAUGGAAGCUUUGUGGGUUUUGCCUAGUUUGCUGCUGUGGCAGCAAAACAUGAAAUUUAUUUGAGGACGGGUUGUUUUUGUAACGCCGGAACUUGUCAACGGCAGCUGGGACUAACGGACGACGAUGUGCUUAUGUUCUUCCGGAUGGGGAAAAUCUGCGGCGAUGAUACCGAUAUGAUUGAGGGCAUUCCAACGGGAACUUGCAGGGUAUCGUUCGGGUACAUGAAUAGUCCAAGGGAUGUUGAUAAGUUAGUGGAUGUGGUUCAAGAACAUUUCGUGGUAAAAUCAUCAACUAGGAAACAUGAACGUGAGACAAGAGUCAGAACGAAAACCCCAAUUCUCAGGGCAGUAUAUAUUUACCCAAUUCGUUCGUGUGGAGCAUUCUCUAUUACCGAAAGUUGGUCUCUGCGCAAUAAAAGGUUAAAUUUUGAUGAAGAAUUCACUAUUGUAGACAGCAUGGGCAUUGAUCUGUCGAGCGGUAAACACCCGGAAAUGAUCUCAAUUUUACCACGGAUCGAGCCCACCCGUGAAAUAAUGGUUUUGACACAUCCUUCCGCGAGGGAUCUGAUUGUGGAUCUGAAGCAAAUAGGAUCUGCUUCAGAAGGUUAUGACUGCGGAGAUCAAGUGGCUGCCUGGCUUAGUUUAAUACUGCAGAUACCUAAAGUCCGUUUACUACGCAGCCCACCAAGAACAAAACAAAAACUACUAGCAAUCAAUUGGGAUGCGCUAAGGUCUGCUCAUGAGCAUUUCACCGAUGACGAUUCGCUAGACAUACAUUCUCUCGUAGAAUACUUUCGUGCCAAUUUGGUCUUAGAUAAACUUGACGCGGUGUCCGCCAUGCAGACGUGGAAAAAGGUUGAGCUUUGCGGUAAACAGUUCAGGGUGGCUGGGUUGUGUACGAGAUGUCCAAUCAUACACGUUAGGCAACCCAAAUCGUUGAAAACAAUUGCUGACAUUUUCGCCAGAAAAGUUCCACUGGGAGUCUAUCUAAUGCCCUUGGAUGAUAACGAAAUUCACGCAGAACUUCUAGACUGUGGAACAGCACUGAAAGUGCUGGAGCAUCAUCAGAACGAUGGUAAAACAAUGUCAAUUACAGACACAGUUACGAGAUAUGACUUUCGAACUAUCGCAUAACCAAUGGAUCUAUAACUACAACGAAACUGGAACGAAAUUACAAUUUAGUUUUUUUUUGUAAUCUUUCAGCAGUGCCCAUGAUAUUUUUUAACUCCUAUUAGAGCUUUGUCAGAACUUGUUGAUAACCACUUUAAAACUACUUUACGAUCUAGUGACCUUAAUGGCUAAAGUUGUUGAAGCACAAAUACAAAUUACACAUAUAUUUUUACGUGUAAAAAAAUCUGAUACGUUUAAUAUCUCUAUAACUCUUUUUUCUUUUCGCCAUUUUUCUGAUUAUUAAAGUUUUAGUUUGGAUAUCUGUAUGAUUUAUCUAUAUACAAUUGCACUAAAAGUAAAAUUUGUGGCAAAAUAAGUAAAACUACAAGAAGAAAAGAAAGCUGUAGACGUUUAAAUCUUAGCAGGAUUACUUUAUUCUGGGGACUAUUUCUAAUGUGUAAAAGCAAAGACAGCGAAUCUUAAUAUGCCUUUGAUCUUCGAGGAUCCAAUUUAGCACUACUUUUGACAUAUGAUCUUUCAAAAUUUUAGGACACGCAUAAUAGUUCCGCUGGUUUGUCAACGGCUUUGCGAUAUAACUACAUUUGGAGGACAUCAAUCGCCUGCACAUUGUGCAAACAUAAUCACGAAAAGCAAACAAAAUAAGAGAAAUUGAUUGUACCCGCAACCAGCAGCAAUGUUUACUAGAGAACUUAUGCAUGCAAACGUUGCGAAACAGAGCAAUUAUUCACCAGCGACUGCCAUCAUCACGUGAAAACUAAACCGUUUGAUAAGAGAGUCCGGUGAGGUGUGUGCCGGCAUUCAUCACUUGUUACGGGAGAAACUGUCCCACUUUGUUUGCGCAAACCUAAUGGUCUGUAGUACGCGUUUACUCUGAUCGGCGCAACUGCCCGUUCCGGACCGAUUAAAAAGCAUGGGAGCGGCGAUUAGACAGCUUGAAGAGCAAUCAAUCCAGUAAUAACUAAUCUGAAUUCAUGGGUCACAACAACAAUCAAGAUCGAAGCAGAACAGAUGAAUCAUCAAAUUUGAAUAGCGAAUCGCCAGCUCACAAAAAGUAGAAACGGAAAUGAUACAUCUUUCAAUCAUAGGAAAAAGCAAUAUUUCUUCUCAACACUUACGUUAUGAAUGCCAGAGCAGAACACACUCAACGUCAGCUGAAAUGCCGGCCAAGUGAAUUCAAUCUCGGCUCUAUCUUCUCGCGGACCACUGCAACGAGUGUAGCAGAAUAAUCCACAAAAAAGGGUCUUUUUUCGCCAUGCGCGGUUUUGUACAUACAACUGCGGCGCGGUUUUGUUUGUUAAUAUGGUCGAAAUAACAGUGAAGACGUGGAAAUAUUCCCGUCAUUUUUAUUAAACAUCCACGUUAUUAACUGCCAACAUUGACGACAGUCGGCGCCAUAUUUUUUCUUAUACGUGUUGGUAAUCAAUCGCACCAGAUAAGAUAACAGAAAUUAACGAUGAAGCAAUACUUGGUUAUUAGAUAAGAAAGCAAAAAAAAAAUUCUCUACUCACCUCUUUAACCUUGUUUCGUUUCUCACGAACUGCUGGGUCCGGAUCUUCGCCUACGUUUGAAUUAAAAGUGUUCGAUACGACACUACCAGGGGAAGACCCUUUCGAAGCGGCCUUGAUAUCUGGCUCGUCGAUAAUCUGGGGCGGGGCGACUACACCGGCUGGGCCUCCGGCCAUCGGUCCCAUU